AUGGCAAGAUUUACAUGGAGGAUUGAGAAUUUUACUAGUUCAAACGAAUCAAAGCUUUACUCUGGAAUAUUCGUCGUCAAUGAAUAUAGAUGGAGGUUACUCCUUUUUCCGAAAGGAAAUAAUGUCGACUAUUUGUCAUUGUAUCUUGGUGUUCCUGAUGCAAAUAGCUUACCAAAUGGCUGGAGUAGAACUGCCAAGUACAGUAUAGCUCUAAUAAACCAGAUGGAUAGCAAGAAGACUGUCAAGGAAGAAGCAGAACACCGAUUCCAUGAAGGAGAAAGUGAAUGGGGCUUCAAAUCGUUUUUUCCUCUAAGUGAACUGCAUGACAAAAAUGGUGGAUAUCUUGUUGAUGACACGUGCUUGAUUGAAGCUGAAGUAUCUGUGCCUGAUACUUCUCCAGCUUCCACAGAUAAUCCCUCGGAUUCUUCUGUUCCUGUUGAUCCCGUGGAAUCUGUAUACAUCAAGGCUGAAUCCUUUCUCAAGUCCAUACCCAAGAAAUCAUUCAGCUCAGUAUCUGAUGCUACACGUGAAGUGCCUUUGCUCAAUGACCAUGCAAUUUUGGCAAAAGGAUGCUUCAACAAACUGAUUUCGUUUCCUUUAGAUGAUUUGGUUGAACCCAAGCAUGAAACUGCAAUGAGAGAGUCCUUGUCUAUACUUAGCGAUAACCUUUCUUUGUUUACCGAAGAACAGGCCAAAGAAAUUAUGAGUUUGAAAGCUAAUUUUCCCGCAGCUAUACAGGACUGGAGAGACUCAGUUCAAGUAAAGGUCAAUAGCGAGCGCCUCUGGUUGACUUUUGUGAAGACCAACAAUUUACUGGAAGAUUUAGUAAAAACUGAAGAGGGAAUAAAGACUAAACUCGAGGAGUUGAAUAACAGAGAAAAGGAACUGGAGAUGCAGCUGGAAGGACUUAAAAGCAGAAGUCGACAACUCAAGGAGGAAAGAAUAGAAAUAUGGAAGCAGACAAAGCAAGUUUAUGCCCUUGCACAAGAGCAGUCUAGCAAAAUUGAAGGCAAAGAGCCAGAGGUGGAUCUUGCAAACAAGAAGUUGGAGGAUUUGAAAUCAAAAUGGGCCUCCAACAAAAAAACUCUUUUACACACAACACCUGUACGUCCGAGUAGAGACACUUUACGCAACUUGUUACGACACAGAAAACCAGCAAAGGAAAACAGUGAAGAAACGAGCUGGCGAACUGGAGAAGAAACCGUUGGAGGCAAAACUACUUCGGUUGAUACUCUUAAUUAG